AUUGUAGAAUGGAAAAUACUUAAAAAUGUGGUGUGAUGUCCGUUUGUAGUAUAUAUUAAAAAAUAUUUUUAGAAAACAACAAGGCAAAUAACCAAUAAUGAAUCUUGUAGUGUAUACAAAACCAUUAAUUGCCCCACAUUUGGGUGCUAUAAGACGAGGUUGCUGUCAGAGAGCGUGGUUCAGUGAAAAUCGAAAACUUGGUAAUUUUGAUUUGAUUCAUACGGAAAAUAGGGACAUACGAGUCCUUUCAACACCAACGUUGACAAAUGUGAAACACAAUUCAAUAAGAAGUUUUCAUACCUCGAUAACAUGGAGGGGACAGGAACCUUCCUCGAAGGUGGAGGAGACCAUCAAGAGCAUCAAAGAGGAAAAGGAGGAAAAGGAGAAGGAAAAAAUGGCUUCCGUCGCCUCCAAAGACUUAGCUCAAUCGCCAGAGAAAAGUGUCGUUCAAAAACGAACUUUAUGGCAACGCGUCAAGGCAGAAAUAUUGCACUACUAUCACGGUUUUCGAUUAUUAGGUUUAGAUAUGAAAGUCUCAGCAAAAUUAAUAUGGAGAGUGUUAAAUGGGAAAGAAUUGAGUCGUCGAGAACACAGACUGCUCGUAAAAACAACAGGAGAUGUGUUUAGAUUGAUACCAUUCUCAGUUUUUAUUAUUGUACCUUUUAUGGAAUUUCUCUUACCAAUAGCAAUAAAAUUAUUCCCCGGUUUAUUGCCAUCAACAUUUCAAACUGCUUCCGAAAAAGAAGAUAAAUUGAAGAAGGCAUUGAAAGUAAAAAUAGAAAUGGCCAAAUUUUUACAAAAAACACUCAACGAAAUGUCUGUACAAUCUUCAGACCAUCGUUCCGAGAAGGCGAAAGAAUUUUCCGAUUUCUUCUAUAAGGUUCGAUCAACUGGAUCUGUUGCCUCAAACGAAGAGAUAAUUAAAUUCAGUAAAUUGUUCGAAGAUGAAAUCACUUUAGACUCUCUUUCAAGACAACAAUUAAUUGCCCUCUGUCGAGUGUUGGACGUACAAACUCUUGGCACUACGAAUUUUUUGAGGUUCCUUCUUAGAAUGCGAUUGAGAAGUCUCGCUGCCGAUGACAGAUUGAUCGAGAAAGAAGGUGUUGAAAGUUUAACGAGAGCUGAAUUGCAACAAGCAUGCCGUGCUCGCGGUAUGCGUGCCUACGGAAUGCCAGAAAAUAAAUUACGCGACCAACUGUCACAAUGGCUUGAUUUGAGUUUAGUGAAGAAAGUAGCACCUUCGUUGUUAUUACUUUCGCGUGCUCUGAUGGUGCCUGAAGCGACGCCAAUGUCCGACAAAUUGAAAGCGACUAUUUCCGCACUUCCAGACGAUGUUGUGGCGCGUACGAAAGGUGCAAUUGGCGAGAAGGAGGGUAAACUUGAUCACCGAACAAACAUUGAAAUCAUUAAGAUCGAAGAGAAACGAAUUGAAGAAGAACGACAGGAGCAAAAGGAGAAGGAAGAAAAGGAGAGAGAGAGUGUACCACAACCGACUGUUCUCGUGUCAGACACAAAGACCGACGAAAUCACUAAAACUGAUAUCGAUGUUAUUGAGCAAGCACUCGACACUAUCGGACAGCAAGAUAAGAAGAUGAUUGUGGAGAAGGAGGAACUCAAGGAACUUAAGGAGGAAAUGGCCGAAUAUCAAGAAGAUAUUCAGGAACUUUACAAAAUAAAGGCCGAGUCCAAGGGACUUGCGGAAAUCGAGGACAUUAAAGUUUCCAAAGGUGCUAAACGACUUUUCAACAAAGUAAAUAAAAUGAUUAGCAAAAUGGAUGCCGUUCUCACGGAACUCGAAGUAGACGAGAAGAAAAUGAAAGAAAAAGUCGAAGCCCUAGCGCCGGAAGAUCAAUCACAUUCAAAAGCCGCCGAGGAAUUGGUGAAAAUUGACGAACUUAUUGCUGCAAUUAAACAAAUUCAAAACGUCCCCGAUGAGCAUCGUUUAACAAGAAUAGCCGAAAUUUUGGGAAAAAUUGACGACGACCGAGACGGUGCAAUUAAAAUCGAAGAUGUUCUAAAGGUCGUCGAACUAAUCGGCCAAGAAGACAUCAAAUUAAGCAAGAAGCAAGUCAACGAAUUAAUUGACUUAAUGGAAAAAGAAGAAGUACUAGAGGUUGAGGAUCAAAUCGAGAAGGCCCUCAAGAAGGAAAGUAAGGAAGCAAAGGAGGAAACAUCGUCAGAGGAAAAUAUUAAAAAUGACUCGAAAUCAACAGUUCCUGCCACACCAGUCACAGUGGAAAAAAAAUUUGGUAAAGAAGAAUUAAACGACCCUGCAAAUUCCACAGAGAAAAAUUUUGCUUCCCAAACAGUUAAGGAACGUGACACAUCACCGAAAUUGAAAACAGAAAAAAAUUCAGUUCAAAAGAAACCAAUUGGUCCAACUGUACCACCAACGCCGAAAAAAGCCGAGGGCUCAAAACAUCUGUGAUCAUAAUUUGCACAAUAAUUAAAAAUUUGAAAUUGAAACUUGAAAAAGUAUCGUCGAUAAUGAUGAAAAAAAAUAGAAAAUUUAUUGAGACCCACGGUUGAAAAUUUACUUUGCAAUGAAUUUUAAUGGUUGAUUGGUUCAACUAAUGGAAAAAUAAUUUAGCAAACUUUUUUUUGCAUCGAGAGAAAGUUCUUUUUAUGAGAUGCAUUUAACAUCAUCAAAAGAAAAGAAAUUAGAAAAUAUUGAAUUUGUGCUGGUCACAGAUACAUAUAUUCACUUUCUGUAUGAAAAGUAAGUAAUAUUCGAAUUUUUAACACUUGGUGAUACGGUAUCAAUUUCUUUUUGUUACACAUAAAGAUCCAUUCCAUCGAAUGAAAAAUUUUACGAUUUCUUUCGGUAAUUGCAUAAUUUUUAUCUUUAUUGUCAAUACGAAUUUUAUAUUUAAAAAAAAAGAAGUGGGAUUUACGCGUGGUCACGGAAUUUUUCUUUGCACGCAGAUAAAUAAUUAAGAAACGAAUAAUAAAUCAUCAUAUUUAUCUGCAAGAAAAAAAAUAAAUUUAAACAUUAAUAUGUGGAUAUUUACUGCUAUUGUAUAAAAAAGGGUAACAGAUGAUAGAUAUAUUCAAUUUCCAAAAAAAUAUUACACAAUUUAUUGUCACAUUAAACUGCCGCAACGUAUUUAUCGAAAAAUUUUUAAUUAAGCUGAUCUACGUUUUCUUCAAUGUGUCGAAAAUGUAGUAAAUUUUU